GAGGGCGAGAAGGGGAGGGGACCGUCUUCCUCCCUGCAGGCGGAGGAAAAGUUGCAGGAGCCGGGCAUGUUAAUAAUUAGCCGGAGCGGGGCUCGGGAUGCCGCAGAAAGCUGUUAAAUGUUUAUUGCCCUCCAAGAACGGCAAAUGGCAUCGCCGCAGCCUCGACUGGAUGUCCUGCAACUGAGAAACCCGGGGUUUCGUUUUAGUACUAUGCCUUUGGAGAUGGAGCCCAAAAUGAGCAAGCUGGCCUUCGGGUGUCAGAGAAGCUCCACGUCGGAUGAUGACUCCGGCUGCGCCCUGGAGGAGUACGCCUGGGUCCCCCCAGGCCUCAGACCUGAGCAGAUCCAGCUCUACUUUGCAUGUCUGCCAGAGGAAAAGGUUCCUUAUGUUAACAGCCCUGGAGAGAAACAUCGGAUUAAACAGCUUCUGUACCAGCUGCCACCACAUGAUAACGAGGUGCGGUACUGCCAGUCCUUGAGUGAAGAGGAGAAGAAGGAGCUGCAGGUGUUCAGUGCCCAGCGGAAGAAGGAAGCGCUGGGACGGGGAACGAUCAAGCUUCUGUCCAGGGCAGCGCUGCACGCCGUGUGCGAGCAGUGUGGACUGAAGAUAAACGGAGGGGAGGUGGCGGUGUUCGCCUCCCGGGCCGGCCCUGGCGUGUGCUGGCACCCGUCCUGCUUUGUGUGCUUCACGUGCAACGAGCUGCUGGUCGACCUCAUCUAUUUUUAUCAGGAUGGAAAAAUUCACUGUGGCAGGCACCACGCGGAACUACUCAAGCCCCGGUGCUCCGCAUGCGACGAGAUAAUCUUUGCCGACGAGUGCACAGAAGCGGAGGGUCGCCACUGGCACAUGAAGCACUUCUGCUGCCUGGAGUGCGAGACGGCCCUGGGGGGACAGCGGUACAUCAUGAAGGACGGGCGCCCCUUCUGCUGCGGCUGUUUCGAGUCCCUGUACGCCGAGUACUGUGAGACCUGCGGGGAGCACAUCGGUGUGGACCACGCACAGAUGACCUACGACGGGCAGCACUGGCACGCCACGGAAGCAUGCUUCUCCUGUGCCCAGUGUAAGGCCUCCUUGCUGGGGUGCCCGUUCCUUCCCAAACAAGGUCAGAUCUACUGCUCCAAAACCUGCAGCCUCGGGGAGGACAUCCACGCCUCCGACUCUUCCGACUCUGCCUUCCAGUCCGCGCGCUCCAGAGACUCCAGGAAGAGCGUCCGCAUGGGCAAGAGCAGCAGGUCGGCAGAUCAGUGCCGGCAGUCUCUCCUCCUGUCCCCCGCGCUGAACUACAAGUUUCCCGGCCUCUCGGGCGGUACCAACGACACCCUGUCCCGGAAGCUGGAGGAUCUGAGUCUCUCCCGACAAGGAGCCAGUUUCGCCAGUGAGGAAUUUUGGAAAGGCAGGGUGGAGCACGAAGCCCCCGAGGAGUCUGAAGAGUGGGCUGAGCAUGAAGAUUACAUGACACAGCUCCUGCUCAAGUUCGGCGAUAAAAGCCUCUUUCGGCCGCAGCCUAGCGAGAGGGACCUGAGAGCUAGUGAGCACUGGAUAUCGGAUAACAUGGUGAAGAGCACCCCGGAGUUAAAGCAAAAUCACCAGAGCCUUGCAAGUAAGAAAUACCAAUCUGAUAUGUACUGGGCUCAGUCGCAAGAUGGGCUGGGUGAUUCCGCGUACGGCAGCCACCCAGGGCCCGCGAGCAGUCGGAGGCUGCAGGAGCUGGACCUGGACCAUGGUGCCUCGGGAUACAGUCAUGACCAAGCGCAGUGGUAUGAGGACUCCCUGGAGUGUUUGUCCGACCUGAAGCCAGAACAGAGUGUCCGAGAUUCUAUGGAUUCUCUGGCUUUGUCUAACAUCACAGGGGCUUCCGUAGAUGGGGAAAGCAAGCCCAGACCAUCGUUAUAUUCUCUGCAGAACUUUGAGGAGAUGGAAACAGAAGACUGCGAGAAAAUGAGCAACAUGGGAACCCUGAACUCAUCCAUGCUGCACAGGAGCGCAGAAUCCCUAAAAAGCCUAAGUUCAGAGUUAUGUCCAGAAAAAAUCAUGCCCGAAGAAAAACCAGUACAUCUGCCAGUGCUCAGAAGAUCCAAGUCUCAAUCCAGGCCCCAGCAGGUCAAGUUUUCAGAUGACGUCAUUGACAACGGAAGCUACGACAACAUCGAAAUCCGGCAGCCUCCCAUGAGCGAAAGGACUCGGCGACGGGUCUAUCAUUUUGAAGAGAGGGGCUCUCGGCCUCACCACCAUCGCCGCAGGAGAAGUAGAAAGUCCCGCUCUGACAACGCCCUGAACCUUGUCACAGAACGGAAGUACUCUCCCAAAGACAGACUGAGGCUUUACACCCCCGAUAACUACGAGAAAUUUAUACAGAACAAAAGUGCCCGGGAGAUCCAAGCGUACAUCCAGAACAGUGAUCUCUACGGCCAGUAUGCCCACGCCACGUCCGACUAUGCACUGCAGAACCCCGGGAUGAACAGGUUUCUGGGCCUCUACGGUGAGGAUGAUGACUCCUGGUGUUCCUCCUCCUCCUCCUCCUCCGACUCAGAAGAAGAAGGGUAUUUUCUUGGUCAACCCAUCCCUCAGCCCAGGCCGCAGAGAUUUGCCUACUAUACAGACGACCUUUCUAGUCCGUCUUCUGCACUCCCCACCCCUCAGUUUGGUCAGAGGACAACUAAAUCCAAGAAGAAAAAAGGACACAAAGGCAAAAACUGUAUUAUUUCCUAAGCGAGUAGCUGUGGAGAGCAUUUGUUUAAGCUUAGCCAUUAACCAUCAGAAUAUUCUUUUUCUUCCAUAGGAAAGUUGCUAAGAUAGUUUAAAGUGCUUUCUCUGCCCGCGUAAGUGAGACCCCUACUGCUGUUUACAGUGUCAGAUUACCAUUUGAAAGGUGUGCUUCCUCCGGUUUACCCUCCUUGGGUGGUGCCAGGUUAACGUGACGUCCUGUGCCUGCGGCAGGUGCACUAGUUUCAUCCAGCUGCUCAGUCUCCAAAGAAAUGGACCCGAGGUGAUUGGACGGGGGUGUCCACUUUAGAAGAUGGAGAACUCCAGCCACCUUUGUAACGCAAUAGUGUUUGUCAUUCCGUGAGUCGGGCUGGCGUCGGUCCUGAUCGGUCUGUCUCGUGAGGCAUGCACAUCGUCAUAAUGAGCCAGCUAACACUGUGCAUCCCCUCGUGUGAGGCCAACUCAUCUCCCUCCGGCCCCCAUUAGCCAGGUAAACAUUGUAUUAGCUUCCGCUACAGAUAGGAAAAAAGUUGCUAUUUAUAAUGUAGUAUUUCAUAGACUUAAGUGUAUUCCUAAUUUAACGGUGCAAAUAUUAAUGUACAUACUGUACAGUUCAGAUUUUAAAGCUGAUAUUUUUAUAUCCCUGAAUUGCAAGAUGUUUGUUACACUGCAGUGCUAGACUUGCUAGGGAAGCAGAAACAGCAUUUAUGGAUGAAAUGAUUUGCUUGUGGUUUAGUCAGGGCUUCUAAGUUUAGACAGUCAAAUUUAUAUUGCCUAGUGAUGGAAAGUUAAAAUUUAAAAAAAAAUUCUUUUCAAUAUUAAAGGCUCUGUAUGCAUGGUGGGGCUAUGUAAAUACUCUUAAACUACGGCCCUAUUAAUUUCACGAGUGUUAUUUAUGGGUCAAGCAAUGUUAACUGUAUAAAUGUAAAAACAAAAAAACCCCACAUACCCCUGGAAUAUAUGGUAAAAAUACAUAGCAACUGUCUGGGUGGAUGUGUUUUCUCUCAGCUCUAAAAAAUACGAGGAUCAGCUUGUUGUGGCAGAAGUCUUUUAGAUUUGAAGCAGGGUUAUUCCUUUUCAUCCUUCCCUUUCAGCUAAUCUGUUGGCCUUUAAAAGCAAUUUUCAAAGCUAGGUUCUCUGGUUUUUUUCUUUUCAAAUCUUUUAAAUUAGUGGAUGCUGUGCCACUAUUUCAAGUUCCUCUGAGGGUCUAGUUCAAGGUAAAAUUAUGUUGAACUAAUGAGCAGGUAUUUUGAUAUGUGCCAUUCUUGCAUAUGUCUCAGUCCUAACUAAAGAUCCUGGUGGCAUCUGGGGCCUUUUAGGGAGGUAUUUAAUAAACGCUUAAUAAAUAACAAA